UACGACAGACCCCUUCCCCCACCCUCCAGAUCGUUUCGCUUUGCUUUUGCGAUUUGUUGCAGUCGAAUCGCGAGAGAAGAGAGAGGACAAGAAAUCGGAUCACCCAAACCCCCAGCAACAGAGAGAGAGAGCGCCGUCAUCGAUACCGACACCCACCCUCCAUAGAUACCCAGAGGCGGCCUCGCGAGCGAGCAUGUCCUCACCCACCAGCCCCACCACGCCGCUAAUGCCGCUCCGCUCCUUCCUCAAGUCCAGCAAUAGCAACAGCGCCGGCGCCGCCACCGAGUCCAGCACCUCGGACCCGCCGCCCUCCCGCCGCCGCUCGCUCGUCAAUGUCCUCCGCAAAACCGUCGAAAAGAUCUCAGGCACUGUUGCGGGCUCUGCAAGCCCGCGCGGCGUCGUCGCCGCCGCCGCUGCUGCUCCGGAGCCUAGAACUCCUGCCCUCGAGCAACUACCAGCGCUCAAGAAGGAGCUCGUGAUCCGCAGGCGCAAUGAGGUCAUAUCGCCGCCUCCGCCGUUGCCUCCUGCGGCCCCUCCAUCCCCCGCACUGACACUGUCCCCGGCGCCGUCGCUACGCACCGUCGCGAAGAAGAUGUCGGAACCAUUGGACAACGACGAGCUUGCUGUGUUUUUUUCUGGGGCGCCACAGUUCUCGCUGGUGCAUCUCGACGACGAGGAGGACGACGACGACGAGUUCGCGCUGCAGCCGAAAGUGACGUUUCCGUUUGGCGGGGGGAGUGAUGAGGAGGCGGAUCUGCGCCCGCCUGGUCAUGCCGCGUUCGCGCUGUGUAUGGCCGCUGAGGAGGAGGCGAUGGUCGUUAGGGAGGUGCCCCCCAUGGCCUCGUUUGUGGGAUGGGAACCCGGUACCGUCGGCUGGGAGUAUUUCCUCAUGUUGCCGGCUGGGGAUGCGGAUCGCGAUCAAGAGCAGGACGAGUUCGAGGGGAAUCUUGAUGAAGGCGGGAGGGAACGGGGUGGAGGGGUAAGGGAGAGGGAGAGGGGGAGUGUCAGGAGUGUUGAGGUGGGGUAUAUCGUCGAGAGGCUGAAAGAGCUGGGGGCUAUCUGGCAGGCAAAGAAGAGGAAACGUAGGGCGCAGCAGAUGGGACGUGCCGUCUUCGAAGAAGAGUCGGAGGAUGACGAUGAGAAGGGAGGGAUCCCUACGUCCGUCGAGAUGUACACGCAUCUGUUUACACACCUGCUGUAUCCGCCGACAAGGAUCGCGACGGAGGACUAUGCUGAUCCGUACAGCCUGAAGGUGCAGAUCAUGGCGCUCAUCCACGCCCUGGGGAAGAAGGUAUGGCUGGACUUCAGCAUUGUGCGGUGGCGGAUCAAGUUGGGACAAAUAUUGUGGGGCGAUAUCGCCACGACAGCAGCUAUGGAAGACGACCAAGACGGCGAGGAAUACGAGGAGUGGGAGGCGACUACGAAAGAGAGCGAGAGGGUUUGGCUGCUGCUGCAGAUCUUGCUUGCGUGCGAACUUCUGGUGCGGAUGGACACGGUGCUCUCGGACGAAGAAGAUCGGAAUCGGCGCCGUGCUUCGGUGCGAUCGAACCAGCCGCCCCCAGAAUCGAAAGAGCAGAUGCUUCAGCGCUUCCGUCACGAAGGAGGACGUAAGGUUCAGUGGGACAUCGUUCUCGCUCGCCGCUGGCUCGACAAUAUCCGCAUCGAAAUGGACGCGCUGAGCCCCAAAGCUUCGCCCGUCGAAAAGGAAACGGAGAAAUUGUCUUUCUUGGCUCCUCCGAGUCGCUGGUUCGGUAUCGCCCAAACGCCGCCUUCGCCCGAGCACUCCGACCCCUCGACUCCUGAUCUGAGCGAGGUGGCCGACGCGCUGCUGCUUCCUCGACAACCCCGCCGACAGGUGGAAGGACUUUUGCACUUCGCCAGGAAACUGCAUUGGCCCAACCUCGACUCUCUAGCACAACAGGUGAUCUCGAGAGCUCCAGCUCCGGGCACCCCCUCCUCCGCUAGUGCACUGGGAACACCUUUGGCGUGCGGAACUCCUCUAUCGACAGCGGCAAGUUCGUAUUUUCCAAGUCCGAUGCCGCGGCCAAAGAGACUACGAGAAAUCACCUCCGAGGUCGCACCCACCCUCCACCGCCAAAAGUCAGCCAACCUCACCGUCCCCUCCGUUUCCGGAUGCGGUGGGUGGCUAUCCCGGAGUUACCUCACCGGCUUGGUUCUUCCCGGCGAAGGCCUGAACCACCUGAUCAUCUCGACGCUGCUGGAGAACGAUCCGGCGGCGGUCGAGGUCCUCGGCUUCAACGCGAAUCUUUACGGUGGCUUCCAGUACCUUGGGAAAACGUGGUGGAGCCGCUACUGCAUCGUCGGCCGUGUGAUGGCCGGUUUCGACGGUGCUGGGGAGGAGAGCGGGUGGGUCGGUCCCGUGAAGGGCAGUGGCGUUUCGAUCGAGGGCGGAGACGAGGACGUCGUUGUCGGAAACAUCCCGGACGGCUGGAUCGACGUUCUCACGCAGCCUUCGCCCGAUAGCAAAUCCCCGCGUGCCCUCGAGGCGAAAUCGGUCGAGCGGGAUUGCGACAUCCGUGGGCGGGGAUGGAAGCGAGGAACCAAGCCGAAGGAAGACGCAUUCGUCACCGUCGACAUCGGCGCCGCCGCCGCAGACGCGGAUUUAGAUGUGCAAAUCAGGGGGCUCUACUUCAACCCCGUCGAGCAGCCUUCGCCUUCGCCGCAAACCCCGACGGACGAAGACGUCGACGAGCGCGAAGCCGAAGCCGAAGCCGAGGCCGAAGCGGCCGACCUCCAGCCGUACGAAGUAGCCGCACACAUCCUCGUCGGCCCCCGUGGCGGCAAAAAGCUGCUCAACGUCCUCGAGCUCAAAUACGACGUCAGCUUCGUCUCUGCGUGGCCGUGCUUCCCCUCAUCGCACGGGCAGGGACAUCUGCUCCAUCGCAGCUACGGCUACACUUGCUUACGCAUCGAGGACCUGCCCGGCUUCCAUCCGGAUGACGACGAGGAAAGAACGCUCGUCGUAAACACGUGGUCCCCCGCGCAGCGCGUGCUCCUUUAUGCUUGGUGCGCGCAUAGGGGACGCUCUGCGGUUGUGGCCACUAGGGGCAGGACCUGUGUUGCCUGCGCGGUUAGGGAGGCCGCCGCGCUGGCGCUGGGCGUGGUGGUCGUCGUUUGAUUGUUGCGUUUGCUUGCUUGUCGUAUGGGGGGUAUUAUGGAGUUAUUGAUUGAUUGGUUGAUUGACGAUGAUGGUGAUGAUGACUGGACGGAC